ACAAUGGUUUCAAUUUUUUAUCAAAAAUUUUUAUAAUGUAAAUUAAAGUGUGAAAAUAGAGACAUGAAUAAAACAUGUUAAAAAAUGAAAAUUUUUUGUUAAUAAAAAGAUUGUACAAUGCGGCAAACGAAGAAUUGUAUAAUUUUUUUUGAAGCUAAUGAUCAAGAAAAUAGAAAUAAUAUCUUAAUUACAGAUUCUAACCAUGGAUUUUCAAAUAUUCAAAAUAAAAUAUCAGAAAAUACAAAGCAUAAAUUGGAAAUCUCGAAUAAUAUAAAAACUGUAGUGACACGAAAAUGGCAAAUUAUGUUAAUCUCCGCGGAUUGCACAAUUAAAAAACACUGUCAAGGUUGGCAGAUAUAUCCAAAAGAUCCAAAGGAAAUUGAGGAAGAAUCAAAGUUGAUUUUAAAAAAAGUUUCCGAUCCCAUAAUGGUUACAAAUAUAAAGCCUAUAAAAACUGCGAAUGCCGAGAUUCUUUGCAAUCGCGAUGAUCUCGAUGAUUUACUUAUGGACGAGGAGAAAGAAAAUGAGAAUACUUACGGAAAGAUUAUUUUGAGGGAAUAUAUGAGACUUCUUAACAGUGAAAAUGCAAAGAUAAAUUUUAUCUUAAAAAUUUUAUCAAAAGCUGUAAACGAACAUAAAAUUUUCGUGAUUUAUGGUAUAUUUCCACCGAUAAGAAAGCCUCUAGGACAGAGAGGUUGGAUAGAAAAAAAAUUUAUCAGAAAAAUGCUCUCUAUGUCUCCGGAAAUUUCCGAAGGUUAUUCAUAGAAACUCAUUCCAUUUUUCGACAAAAGGAAAAAUAUAUAUAUUUUUUAUAUUUCAGCUGG